GUUAUCGAGGUGAUAAAGUUUUUCAAGAGAGUCCACGUGCAAUACUCUCUCUCUCUCUCUCCUCCUCCUCCUCCUCCUCCUCCUGUAUGAUCAUAUUUUACAGUGAAAUCUUCUUAUUUUCCCCCAGUAAUCAAGCGCUUUGCAUCAUCUCAUGGCUCUCUACUUGUCAAAAUCGAAAAUUGUUUUAUGCCAUCUCAAAUCAAAAAUGGGUGCCUUAAGUACGAUAAACCAGAGUUCUUGCAGUUCGUACACAAUCCAUCAUCUUACUUCUCCACCUCCGGUUGCUCAAAACCUCAUCAACCCAAAUUCUGUUUCAAGUAAAAAUUCAAACCUUUCCGCCUUUCGACGUUAUGAAUCAAUCAAAGCCGAAAAAAAGUUGGAUUCUAUGCAAAAUGUUGUUGAUGACACUCAGGUCCUUAGUUAUCCUGGUGGAAUGGUUAAAUUUAUUCCAUAUUUGAGAUUCAUAUCCCAAUCCCUUGAGGAGCGAAUUCACUGCUACCAGGUUCUUGAUGAUAGUGGUCGGCAAAUUUUCUCUAGCAAUUCUAUUGAGGUUGGUGAAGAUAUUGCUGUAAAAAUGUAUACUGACAUGGCCACACUCCAAGUUAUGGACACUGCAUUCUACGAAGCACAAAGGCAAGGAAGAAUUUCCUUUUAUGUCACCACAACUGGAGAAGAGGCCAUCAACAUUGCAUCUGCAGCGGCGCUUAGCUUGGAUGACCUUGUCUUCCCUCAGG